AUGAAGCUGAAGAAGAAGAAAAAAGGCGAGAAAGGGUUGACUAUUGCAAACAAAGAUGCACUGGGUGAUCAUGAUGAAAGUGCAAAUCUUCACCAUGACACUCUAGGAAGACAAGAAGAGGGAGAGGAAGACCUAAUGAACAGCGAUGCACUGUCCAAUGUUUUCGGAUCCUUAAGCCCAAAGAGGAAAAGGGCAAAGCUGGUGACCAGAAUUCACGGAGAGGAAAUGAAAUCCCAGAACUACCAGAUUGCCAUCACCAUCAUUGAGGCCAGGCAGCUGGUGGGUGAGAACAUCGACCCUGUGGUGAUCAUUGAGAUAGGUGAUGAGAAGAAGCAAACAACAGUAAAGGAAGGCACAAAUGCCCCUUUCUACAAUGAGUACUUUGUGUUUGAUUUCGUUGGACCACAGGUGUUCCUGUUCGACAAAAUAAUCAACAUCUCUGUUAUGCACAAUAAACUGAUCGGGAGUAUGCUGAUAGGCUCCUUUAAAGUAGACCUGGGGACGGUGUAUGGUCAGCCAGGUCAUCAGUUUUGUGACAAGUGGGCCCUUCUCACAGACCCUGCUGACAUUAGGACAGGAGUCAAGGGAUACCUGAAGUGUGACAUCAGUGUGACUGGGAAAGGUGACACAAUACAAGCCACACAGAAAACAGCUGAUACUGAGGAGCAGAUUGAAAAGAACCUCUUGAUCCCCAAAGGCUUUCCAUCUGAAAGACCAUGGGCCAGAUUUUAUGUGAGAAUUUACAAAGCAGAAGGACUUCCAAAGAUGAACUCUAGCAUCAUGGCCAAUGUCACCAAAGCAUUCAUAGGUGACAGUAAGGACCUUGUGGAUCCCUAUGUGGUGGUCAUGUUUGCAGGUCAAAUGGGUAGAACAACAGUGCAAAAGAACUGUGCGGAUCCGGUAUGGCAUGAACAGAUUAUCUUCAAGGAAAUGUUUCCUCCACUCUGCCGAAGAGUCAAAAUCCAGGUCUGGGAUGAAGGCAGCAUGAAUGAUGUGGCCUUAGCCACCCACUUCAUUGACUUGAAGAAAAUAUCAAAUGAACAAGAUGGUGACAAAGGGUUUUUGCCUACUUUUGGGCCUGCCUGGAUCAAUCUCUAUGGCUCACCCAGGAAUCACAGCCUCAUGGAUGACCACCAGGAGCUUAAUGAAGGUUUUGGAGAAGGGGUCUCCUUCAGGGGACGUCUAUACAUUGAGAUUGCUGUGGAGAUACUUUCAGGAGGAGCCCAUGAAUCGAAGUUUCCAAGUUUUAUCAAGGAUAUCAAAUUGCCAUCUAAAGAUAAAGACUUCAAAGCACCCAAAGGAAAAGACAAAACUGAGAAAGCAGGAGAGGAUCGAAAGUCAGUUUCUCCUUCAGAUAAGAUGAACUCAACCGAAGUGGAAGUCGAGCCAUUCAAUGUGCCUUCAGAGAUCUAUGAAGAGAAACCUGAGGAAUUCCUCCUCUUUGGGACAUUUUUUGAAGCCACAAUGAUUGAUAGGAAGGUUGGGGACAAGCCAAUAACCUUUGAGGUUUCCAUUGGUAACUUUGGAAAUAUUACUGAUGGGGUGUCAGCAGGAGCUGGAGGGAAAAAGAAGACACGUGGUGGAGAAGAGGAAGAAAGUCUGCUGCGUGAGGGGGAGGAAGAAAUUUCUCAUGACCUUGGAGUACCCCUGAUACCCACCACACCCCCUGAGAAGCCACUGAUCACAGAUGGGAACAGGAACUACCAGUACCUGCCGUACCACGAGAGGAAGCCCUGUAUCUGUGUCAAGAGCUACUGGGGAGACCAGACCUUUCGUCUGUACUCUUCCAACACUCUUGAGAAAAUGGCGGAUCACCUGGAAGAAUCAUUAGAGCAAGUAAAGGACUUGAUCAAGGUUUCAGGAAUUGCAUCUGAGGAGAAAAUGAGGAUGACCCUGAAUGAUUUUAUAAAUCAAAGCAGGGCCUUCAUUACCAUUGCUGAAAAGAAGCCCAAAGGGUUGAACUACACUGCUUUGGACAAAAAGAGACUCAUGCUGUUCAAGCAAGAGCUGGAAGCAAUGUCCAGUGAUGCCAAGGGAAUUGUUCAGCAACAGAAAAAGAUGCCACUGGAUGAAAUGAUGCGUGAGACUCAGAGCUUUAUAGAUAAAAUUCAAUUCUUGGCUGAUGAGCCGCAGAAUACGGUGCCUGAUGUGUUCAUCUGGAUGCUCAGCAGCAACAAGAGAGUUGCGUAUGCAAGAGUUCCAGCAAAAAACAUACUCUAUUCCCCAGCGAAAGAGCAGAGAGGCAAGGACUGUGGGAAGAUUAAAACCCAUUUCCUGAAAUUACCAGGCAAGCGCCCGCUGGGCUGGACUGUGCAGGCAAAGGUGGACAUCUACCUAUGGCUUGGAGCUGCCAGCUAUGCCCACAGCAUCAUGGAGAAUUUGCCUGUAGGAUAUGAGACUGAAUUACCAUUUAACACCAACUCAGGGCACAGUGUGGUGCCCUCACCUGCCUGCCUGCUGUAUAAAACCCCACACCUCUUCCAGCUGAGAGCACACAUGUAUCAGGCGAGGGGGCUCAUUGCAGCCGACAGCACUGGACUUUCCGAUCCUUUUGCAAAAGUUACUUUCACAUCACACUGCCAGACCACGAAGAUCAUUUCUCAGACGUUAUCCCCCACCUGGAACCAGAUGCUGCUCUUCAGCAGCAUUGUGCUUCAUGGCAACAGAAAGGAGAUCGCUCAGUUCCCACCAGAGAUCGUCAUCGAGCUGUAUGACGAUGAUGCAGUGGGUAAGGCAGAAUAUAUUGGGUCUACAGUGGCUGCCCCUGUGGUGAGACUUGCUGAUCAAAACUAUGAACCACCUAAACUUUCUUACCACCCAGUGUAUUGUGGAAAUCUUUCAGGAGGAGACCUUCUUGCUACAUUUGAGCUUCUGGAGAUUCCUGAGUCAGAUCCAGACAGACUUCCUCCACUGGAUCCACCAGAUGUUGGCCAGAUUUACCCAGUCCCAGCCAACAUCCGACCUGUUUUAAGCAAGUACAGAGUGGAGGUCCUGUUCUGGGGUGUUCGAGAGCUGAAGAAAGUCCAGCUCCUUUCUGUAGAUCGCCCCCAGGUUCUCAUCGAAUGUGCAGGGAAAGGAGUGAAAUCCUCCGUCAUCCAGAGCUACAAGAAAAAUCCCAAUUUCAGUGGCCUUGCAGACUGGUUUGAAGUGGAGCUGCCUGAAAAUGAACUCUUGCAUCCACCACUAAGCAUCUGCGUGGUCGACUGGAGAGCGUUUGGGAGGAGUACUCUUGUUGGAACGCACACCAUCAAUUGCCUUAAGCAAUUCCUAUGUAAGACCCAGUUGGGUCCUCAAGCUACACCAAACAGACUAGACAUUGUAGAAAUUGAGAAAGCUUCACCUGAGUCAUCCCAGGCUGCUGAGUUAUCCCAAGAAGAACCAUUUUUAGCUGAUCACAUCUAUGCUGAGGUGGAGCAGGGUAAAUGUGCAGUGGUAGAGCCAGACCCAUAUCUUGCAACACUUCCUGGCCCUGAACCAGAGCACUCUGCCCCUGAACCAGGGAAAGACAGAAAACAGAAGGAUAUGAAAAAAUCCAUCCAACGGUCAACAAAGAGGAGAAAAAGAACGAUUGCAGAUGAAUCAGCUGAAAAUGUUAUUGACUGGUGGUCAAAAUACUAUGCUUCUGUGCUCAAAAUGCAAAAGGUAAAGUCAGAGAGGAAGGAAAAGGGUGUUCUGGGAGAUGAUAAGCAGACUUCUGACCACAUCGCACUGAUCAUAGAAAAGGAGCCAGACAAAAAGAAGAAGGAUAAGACAUUGAAAAGGAAAGAGAAAGAAACUCCAAACCUAGCAACGCUGCAGAUUUAUGAAGGAGACUUGGAGAGUGAAUUUAAUAACUUUGAGGACUGGGUGAAAACUUUCCAGCUCGUAAGAGGAAAAUCUAAUGAUGAAGUUCAUGCUGACUCUGAAGACAGAAUAAUAGGAAAAUUUAAGGGCUCAUUCUGCAUAUACCCAAGUCCUGAGGAUGGCAGCUUGCUGGACAGAGGGCAGCCCCGCAUCCUGCAAGGGAUACCACCAAACCACUCCGUCAAAGUCCUCAUCAGGGUUUAUAUUGUGGCAGCAUUUAACCUCAGCCCAGCUGAUCCAGAUGGCAAGUCAGAUCCCUACAUUGUGCUGAGACUGGGCAACACAGAAAUUAAAGACAGGGAAAACUACAUUCCCAAGCAGCUAAACCCAGUAUUUGGAAGAUCAUUUGAAAUCCAAGCUACAUUCCCCAAGGAUUCCUUGCUCACUGUCCUGAUCUAUGACCAUGACUUCGUGGGAACAGAUGAUCUCAUUGGAGAGACUAAAAUUGAUUUGGAAAAUCGUUUCUACAGCAGGCAUCGAGCUACCUGUGGGUUACAAAGUCAAUAUGAAAUAGAAGGGUACAAUGCAUGGCGAGAUGCAACCAAGCCAAGCGAAAUCCUCACUAAGCUGUGUAAGGACUACAGAAUAAGUGGACCCUUCAUGCGGCCAGGGGAGAUACAAGUAGGAACAAAAGUCUUUAAGGGACAGACAGUCUUCACAGAAGAUGAGAAUGAGGAGCCAGUUGAAUCACAUGAACAUCUCUCCUUAAAGGUUUUAUGUGCUUGGGAAGAAAUCCCUGGAGCUGGAUAUAAACUGGUCCCAGAGCACAUUGAGUCUCGGCCUCUCUACCAUAAGGAUAAGCCAGGCAUGGAACAGGGUCGUGUACAGAUGUGGGUCGACAUGUUUCCUCAAGAUAUGCCUCUACCAGGACCCCCAGUGGACAUUUCACCAAGAAAACCCAAAGGCUAUGAAUUGAGGGUAAUAAUCUGGAACACAGAGGAUGUAAUUCUAGAAGAUGAAAAUAUCUUUACAGGGCAAAAAUCAAGUGAUAUCUAUGUAAAAGGGUGGAUAAAGGGCCUGGAAGAGGACAAGCAGGAGACAGAUGUACAUUACAACUCCUUGACAGGAGAGGGCAACUUCAACUGGCGCUUUGUGUUCCCAUUCUACUAUCUCCCAGCAGAGAAACAAAUGGUGGUUAGCAAAAGAGAAAACAUAUUUUCCUUGGAAAAGACAGAGCGCAAAAUACCUGCCGAACUGGUGUGUGACUUUGAAAGACUCUCUUUAGAUGAUUUCUUGGGCACUCUUGAAUUGAACCUGAAUGGGUUUCCUCGAGCAGCAAAGACAGCCAAGGGCUGUGACCUAGGCAUGAUUGUGGCAGCAAGUGAAGAAAACAAGAUCUCCAUAUUUCAGCAGAAGCGUGUCAGAGGCUGGUGGCCUUUCAUCAAGGCUGGGGAGCUCACGGGCAAAGUGGAAGCUGAGUUUCACUUAGUCACAGCAGAAGAAGCUGAGAAGAAUCCAGUAGGCAAAGCUCGAAAGGAGCCCGAGCCCUUGGAAAAACCCAACCGACCAGACACAUCCUUCUCUUGGUUUGUAAAUCCUUUCAAGUGUUUGUAUCACCUGAUCUGGAGAAAUUACAAGAAGUACAUCAUCAUCGGCAUAAUUCUGCUUAUUCUCAUUGUCUUCCUGGUGCUCUUCAUCUACACGCUGCCAGGUGCGAUCAGUCAUAGGAUAGUUGUAGGAUGAGUGUAGGUUAUGGCUCUCAUUGUAACCAAUCAUAUACGAACACUUCAGUUAAAAAGAAAAAUCAGGCAUACAGAAUUAAUCAACCCGAAACACAUCUCAUUCCUUGUAAAAAGAAAACAUAACUAUUCAUAUCAGAAACUGGAGCUCUCUUAGAAUAUUUUAACGUCUUCUUUGGCUGCUCAUUCAGACCCAGCCUGAAUGUACAUUAUCAUUAACAUACUGCUGCAGUUUUAUUGACAAUGAAAGUUUGAUUCUGCACCUAAAACUAAGUUUGAAAAUAAAUUCCUUAAUGUUAUGCAGAAACUGAUUUGUCAGUCAAGUAUUUAUUAUUACAGACAAAUGAUUAAAUAUUAAGAGCAAAAUCUCUGC